UAUACACAUAUUGCUAUAUCCUAAUUUACUAUAACGAUACAGCAAGUGCAAAGUUGUAUUAUUUUUUUUUACGAUGAUCUUUUCUUUGAAUGAACUUGUUCACUGGUUGGGUUUGACAAUCUUUGAGAUAUGGAUCAACUUGGUUGCAUUAACAUUUUUUACUGUGCUGUUAGCUUUAAAAUUAGAUGGUAAUUAUUUUUUGGGCGCGUCAGGAUGGUGGGAAGUAUUUUCGCCUCUUUUCAUAGCCGAUGGUCUGAAUACGUACUUUUGCGCGAUCAUACUUAUAAGAAUGUAUAUGGAGGGAAUGAUCAAAGUAGGCAUUUUACGAGCAUUGUGGAGUCUGAUAUCGUUACUUUUGGUCUUUGUAUUUAAGUAUCUUUUGUGUAAAAAGCUCUCUGGACAAAGCACAUUGGAGUACUCGGAAGUUUUGAGUCCUGUAUUCAUUCUCCUGCAAUUGAUUGCAGUCAGAGCCUGUCAACUACAUUAAGGGAAGUGAAAAAAUUUUUUUUAUGUAAGAUAGUGCUUCCACACAAAGCAUUGCUAUAUAUGAUAACAUUAUUAUGUACCAUACAAAACUUGUAUAUAUAUUUCAUCACAGAUUUAUUAACUAGAUAAAUUAUUUAAAAAAUAUUUUAUCUAUGUCACUUAUAUUUUUAUCC